UCCGCUGUCAUGACGCAGAGAACCCGGAAGUGUUCCAGCGACAGAGAGCAGGCACCGAGAGCUAAAAAGCCCGAAUUGAAGACAAGAUGACCGGACUGCCCCGCAGGAUCAUAAAGGAAACUCAGCGUUUGCUGGCAGAGCCUGUCCCAGGCAUCAAGGCAGAGCCAGAUGAAGGCAACGCCCGCUACUUUCAUGUGGUCAUUGCUGGACCUCAGGACUCGCCUUUCGAGGGGGGCACAUUUAAACUUGAACUCUUUUUACCAGAGGAAUAUCCCAUGGCAGCUCCUAAAGUACGCUUCAUGACCAAAAUAUAUCAUCCCAAUGUAGACAAGUUGGGAAGAAUAUGUCUAGACAUUUUGAAAGAUAAAUGGUCGCCAGCUCUGCAGAUUCGUACAGUGCUGCUCUCAAUCCAGGCGUUACUAAGUGCACCCAACCCUGACGAUCCCCUAGCAAAUGACGUUGCAGAGAAGUGGAAGUCCAGUGAAGCUGAAGCCAUAGAAACAGCCAAGUCAUGGACCAGGCUUUAUGCUGGAAGCAAAAACGAAGUGUAGAGCAGCCUAACAACAAGUGGAAGUGAAGUGUGAACACAACUUCUCACGUUCUGCCAAGACCUCUUCCAACUUCAUUUGCAUUUAAAGGACACAGUCUUAAAUAAAUAUAUGUAUAUUGAUAUAUAUACAUAUACAUAUAUAUAUAUAUAUAUAUAUAUAUAUAUAUAUAUAUAUAUAUAUAUAUAUAUAUAUAUAUAUACACACAUAUAUAUAUAUAUAUACACAUAUAUAUUAUGAAAUAAACAUGAAUAUAUUGUAAAGGAAAAAAGAACAACUGCUGACAAUUGGUGAUUUAAAUGCACACUCGUAAUGAAAUCACUCGUCGUUGUCCUAACUCACUACUGUUUAAAUGCAUGGGCAAAGGUUUUAGAUCUUCUCACCUGGCUUUCUUUGUCCAUUGAUUUUGGGAGGCUUUCGCCAACUGCUGCUUACAAGCACGUUUUAGGGGAGGAAAGAGGGACCUCCAUCCCACAUUUUUGGUGGGUUUUGGGGGCGUUCCAGAGCUGUGGAGUAGGGUGUGGAGGAGACACUGGCUAGAAGUGGUCAAUAUUCUAUACUAUAUCUUUUAACUUUGUUUUCUCAUGUCGCUGUUUGUUUAUUAAAAGCAGCUAACUACUACUAGCCCACUGUAUGUAGACACUCACCUGGAGGCGGACCAGUGUUUCGUCCUGCGUAGAUGGCCGAGCAGGACGCUAAACAAUCCUAGCAAUACUUCUUCCUCUUUAAGUCACAUUUGGCUGCAGUAAAUACAAAAUAUGACUAAAAACUAAACUGAGCCUGUCACAGUCACAUUACCUUUUACAACCUCUCUCAGUGGAAACUUGGAUUGUGGAUGUUGUGAGAGAGUGUGGAGGGUAAGGUGGACAUUGUGGACCAUUCCUUAGUUUUAGACUUUUUUUUUUUUUUUUUUUUUUACCGUAUCCAGUCUUUUAUAUGUGAAUCUUUCUUGCAGUUGCCAUACUAACCACUCUGCUUCCCCCCCUCCUUUGUCAUCACAGUCUAAUGCUACAAGACUCUGGGGUUAACUUCUUCCAAUGGCAUUUAUUUCACAAGGCUGUGGUUACAUUUCAGCAGUCGGUUGUUUGAUGAUGUGAGGGGUGGGGGUUGGUGACCUGUAUGACAGGAGAUGCUGGAUCAAACUCCAGAAGAUCAAUGGAGGCUUUGUCUCUGUCAUGACUGGUCUUUGGCUGAAAAAGUCUGUAUUCAAUUCACUGUUUGUAAAUUCAUUCUUUCUAUUAAUCUGGGGAGGAAAUGUUUUCCUGCUCUCAGGGCGGGUUCACACCGAAAGGUCCGGUUCCUGAAUCGAACCAGUGCGGGGAUGAUACAUCGUUUAACUGUUUACAACUGGUCCAAACUCAAACUAAAGACCUGUGGCGGAAGUGUUUGAUUGUUGAGGAGGCAGCUCACCGAGGAGUGAUUGUUAAAAUUUGUAAUUCCAGAAAAGAAACUCAAGAGAAUUCAGUCCUGAUUGGCAGGAAAAAGUCUAUGAACUUACACCAGAUUUGGUGGUAUUAUGCAUGUGACACUUUGGUUUAAUACUACAGGUCACAGAAUACUGGGGGGGGCAGUACAACAAACUGGACUGGAUACUAGUUCACCAAAGCAGGAAGUGAAAAAUGUUUUUUAAUCAUUUAAAUGACACAUGUUCGAAUAGUGUUCACACCAGAAAUUAACCGCUCCAGGGUUCACUCCAUAAGCGGUCCAAGACCGGAAGGCCGAGGUUUGGUCUGCACCAGAGUUUGAGUCCGGCAUUCAGACCAACCCAAACAAACAGAUUCUUUUGGGGGGUAAAUGCUCCUGGUUUCGGUUCAACUGGACCAAACAAGGUGUGAACCUGCCUUCAGAAUACUAUGAAACAGUCCACCUGCAUACUGUUAUGUUCUGUAAAUAAAAUCUGUUGAUUAAUAAA